AAAAAAUAAAGUCAGUGAAGUCCGGACCAGCCGACGAUACACCAGGUGUUUACAGUGUCUCCUAGUUAUCCUCAGUCACCUCGUGAUUUUUGAAAAUCUUUAAAUCCUUAUGAAAUCGAGGAAACUUUUUUUUAAAUAAGGUAUUCUCCAUCCCAACGCAAUUCAUAACAUGUCUAGAAAGAGAAGAUGAAUUUUUCCUCGAGAGGAGAGGUAUUUCAGACUACUAGGUUUGCGCAUUGAUCGAUCCAUCCAAUGCGAGCUUUUCUUCCUAUCUUUGUAAAAAUCACAUAUUUUGAAAGAAAGCCGAGGAAAAUUCUUCUCCCUCUUUAAUAGAAUCAAUUAAUUCAAAAGCACCUCUAACAAGAGAGUGAGAAAUUGAAGAAUAAAGAAGAAAAGGGAGGAAAUUAGAAAAAGAAACACAAAAUAAUGGGUCGGAAAUAAAAUGAAAAAAUACUAAAAAGAGUGGAACAACAAAUUUUGAAUCGAAAAAAGAACAAGGCAUCUCAAAAAUUGUGACUCGAGAGUUGACGUUUGUUAUUCCACGUGACAGGAGCUGUCAGAUGAUAAGUGGGAGAGAAAUUUAAACUCUUGAUAUAAAUUUACAUAAAUUAAAUGAAAUGUUUUAAAGCCUAAGUGUAUAAAUCUUCCAAGAUAGAAGCUUCAUUUGUGAUUUGGAGUUUUGAUGUUGACACUCUUUGUUAGCUAAAGGUUCAUGAAAGAAAAAUAUCAUUCCUGCAAAAAUUAAGAUGUUAAAGCUAAAUUGAGGAAUUCAAGUUUCAAAAGAAAUAAUAAUUAGACAGGGAUAUUGAAGAGAUCUAUUAUUCGGUUGAGUAUUACUUGUUUCUGUUGUGACUGUGUGCAAGGAAUCGUUGACAGAAGGCCUUCAGAAUGGAGUUCAAGUUCAACGUCAAUAAACUCUUGCCCCGGAAAAUCAACAAAAUUACACACACCCUUAUUCCAGAAGAUUUUAGAGGUGAUCGAAGAGAAUUUAAUGAAUGUCAGAGGCACUUGGCCAAAAUUUUAGACGAGAUGGGCGAGGCGUCUGCUAAAGCCCAAGGACUUAGCAAGUCAAUCACCAGUGCAUCCAAGUUGAGGAAUUCGGAUCAAACAGUGUACUUACUGGUAGACAAGGAAGGCAACAAUGGCUUGGGGAGCGUGGUAGGAUUACUGAAAGUCGGAUCGAAGAAUCUCUUCAUGUUCGAUGAAAAUGGUGCCCAUUAUCAGUUGCAGCCACGAUGUAUAUUGGACUUUUACAUCCACGAAUCUCGGCAACGAAUGGGGUUGGGGAAUCUUCUUUAUCAACACAUGCUUACCGAGGAAGAACAGAGGCCAAUAAAAUUGGCAAUCGAUCGACCUUCCGACAAGUUCCUGGCUUUCCUGCACAAAUAUCACGGAUUAUCCGGAAUAAUACCGCAGAACAAUAAAUUCGUCGUAUUCGAAGGAUUCUUCGACGAUGAGGAACAGGAAGUUUCUAGGAACAACAGAUAUAGUCAGUCAGCUGCGUCAGAUAGCAGGAAUCUUAGUUUCACUGAAAACCAAAAUGGAAGGAGUCUUAUUGGAGGUUCAGCAUCGGCUCUACCACGUAGUGCCUAUGGCAGGUAUGCUGCCGCACGUCCACCUUGCUCUAUGGCAACAAUAAUUCAUAACACUGCCGUGCUUGGCCAACCAGCCGAGCGAUCAGGUGAGGUCUCCACCCCGGGACCAAAAUUGCAACGACCACGUUCUCUGAGUAUUUUUUCUGAGGAUGAGCGAAAACACCGAGGCGAUGAAUUAUCAACAGCUACAACUCCUGCGAAACCAGAUAAGCAGCCAAUUCCUCCAAUUCCGCCAACUCCAGUUGUUCCAGAGGCACCACCAGUGCCGGUAGUACCGCCGAUUUCAGAACCGGAAGAAAAACCAGUUCCGCCAACUCCGGGACCAGAAAUUGUCGAAAAAUCGAGGGAUAAUAGCAGCAUAAAAGCAUCACCUUCCUGUUCCCAAGAAGUCGCAGGAACUACCCCAUCUGGCCAUCUUGAUCUUAAAUUUUAUCACUCGCCUCUGUGGUAAAUUUGAUUAUAUCCGUCUCAAAAAUAAAAAAUAUCGGGAAAUUUAUUACGGCUGUCCAAAAUCAAAUCCGUGUCAAUUCUGGAAGUUUAGAUAAGGGGCCGUUUAUAAAUUAGGUUGCCAAUUUGAGAGUAAACAGGGGAUGGGGUGUCAGUGAAAUUAAGAUUAUGAACUUGAUAUCAUUUAGUACGUUUUCCGAUGAAAAUUUUUAACGAAGUUAAAUAUUAACUUUCAUGGUUCAAACUUUUCAUUCCUUUCCCUAUUCCCUUUUCCCCCUUUUCCCCAAUUUACUAUUUUUUUCGUUUCAUUGCGAACUGAAUUAACGAUCGUCAAUGAGAAAAUCCAAGUAAUUUGAGGUAAAAUAUAAUUUUUUGCUUGAUUAUAUUUUUGGCUUGUAAUUCAUCUCGUUUGGGUGAAGUUUUUUCAAGCUGAACUUCUUUCUUCAAAAUUCAGUUUCUGGAUUGAAGAUAUAUAUUUUUAGUUAAAAAUU